AGCAAGAAAGACGUGUGUGCUGUGUGCGGAGAACGAGUGCCGGGCCGUCGGACAAGAAAUACCCAGCGAAAUAUCAGAACCCUUGGCGCCCGCGUCGUGCUAACUAACUACCUUAUUAUUUUCCCUUUUUUUUGGCUGUUUCAUCUACCCUGUGAGUCAACGUAAGGUGUACAAAGAUUUAAAAAAAAAGAAAACCUCUAGUGCAAGAGUCUUGAGCAUUCCCAAAUCAGAGAGCCAGCGAGAAAAGUGCGUGUGCCAAGUUUGUUUUUAUUUUUAAAACAGCAACCGGCUAAAAAGUCAGCGGCGUCGCGUAGAAAACACCUAAUAACUAUAAAUUAUGCUCCCUACCGGUGGAACAUCAAUAAUUUUCGAAUGUUUGUCAAAAGGCGGGGAAAUUCGGCCAGUAGUGAUCCCCAGAUACAAUAUCGUAUAUCGCGCAUUCGGCGGAUGUGACUAAGAGCCACGAAAUUCAAUUUAACCCGAUCCAAUCGCCGUGUUCUCGUGUGUCUCUUUGGAAAGGCUUUGAAAAUGCCAUAAAAUCUUAAUAGGUCUAUUUAAUUUGGGUUGCCUUUCCUCUCGGCUCGCAUUGUUCUUAUACUAUUUGUUUUUUUUUUGGUUCGAUGGGAAAAAUCGCAAGAAUGCCGCUUCAAGUGAUCAAAAUCUCUAAUCAAAAUAUUUACCGUUCGUUUAGCGUGCGACAAGAAGAGAGCAAAUUGAGGAUUUACCUGCCCUUCGAAAUUGCUGAAAAGCCAACAGUUGACAGCGGCAAAAUGCAGCUCUAAAGCAGCAGAUCUGACUGGAAAAAGACGGCGAUACAGCAGAAGAAAGAGACGGAGGGAUUAACGAGUGACAAAAAGUACAAAAGACCUACUUCAUAGAUGGCUGGAAUCAGGCUAGUUGUGGUCCUCCUACUGACCAUCAGUUUACACACCAUCCUCGCCAGCGACAAUGGUUCCUCUUCAGGAGCCAACUUGGGCGUUCUGUUCGAGCGAGCUCCCGAAUCGGCGGUGGCUCCCAAGGGAGACGAGGUGGUCUUCGAGUGCGAACUGAAUCUGAAACCGGAUCGCCUGGAGUGGCGGUUUAGACGCAGUGGGUUCACCGAGCCCGAACCCUAUCGGUAUCUCAGCCCCUCGGCCGGAUACAAUGUGACCAGCGGCAAUGAGGGUCUGGCCUGGAGACUCCGAAUCUAUGUGAGUGCCCAAACGGCGGGCGACUACCAGUGCGUGGCUUGGUAUGGUCCCGGUGCCCUAGCCUCCACGCCCGCCCGCCUGGCCCUGGUCUCGAUUGCUCUGGAUGGAGGUCAGGCGCCCGUGGGCUCCAGGGGUUCCAUCCGCUGGAGUGUGGCGCCCAAGAAUUGCCUGCUCAUUCGUUGUGGCAGCGUUAUAUCCAAUCCCCCGGCCAUCUGGAGCUUCUACAGGAAUGGCAAAAAGCUUCCCCAGUCGGAGUUGCUUCCUGGAGCCGCGGGGGCAUUGGUUUUGGACACGGUCACAGCCAAGGAUGCGGGUAACUACUCGUGCGUUGCCACAAAUUCCAUAACAGGUGAUGAGCUGAGACUGCCGCAAACAAUUGAGCUGAGGGUAGACUACACGGAUAGAACCCCACCGUACUUUCUGCAACGCCCACCCACCGAGUACUCAGCUCGUCCCGGUGAAACAGUGGUGCUGGAGUGUCCCGGCGUUGGGUCCCCCAGGCCCAGAGUCAUCUGGAGUAGUCCCAAUGUGGUGGGGAUCAACAAUAAUAGGAGCAAAAUCCUGCCCUACGGUCUGCAGAUCACCGAUCUAAAGCCCGAGGAUCAGGGAUCCUACAUCUGCAUGCUGGACAAUGGAAUUGCACCACCCAUCGAUCACACCAUCAAAUUGAGUGUCCUGCAACGUCCCACGAUUUUGAGUGGACCUGCUGCCACUCUGACGAACGAGAGUAGUCCGCUGGUUUUGGUUUGCUCCGCCGCGGGGAAUCCCCAACCGGAUAUUUACUGGCUCAUAAACGGGGAAGAUGCCACCAAAGAUCCAGAGGCCAUGGUGGAUAACCGAAGUCUACGGCUUCUGCACGUUCAAAAGCGCCACGCCGGCGUGGUUCAGUGCUUCGCAAAGAACAUUUUGGGAGAGACCAGCAAGGGCAACAUCCUGCGCGUGAAUCCCCUGGAAAUCACUGGCGAGGAUGAAGAACCACUAGGCGGAGUUCCAAUGUGGCCAGUUCACGAAUCGAACGGUGGCAUGGGAUCCUCGUCGACACCAUCUGGUGGUUCCAAAAACAAGGGCGGCAGACGGAAGUACAAAGCCAGCAUGGUUCCCCCAUCGCGACCCAAUGUCACUCGUUUGUCGGACGAAUCCGUAAUGCUGCGCUGGAGUGUGCCCCAAAACUCGGGACUGCAGAUUACCUUCUUCAAGGUGCAAUAUCGCCGAUUAGGUGACGGGAAGAAUCGGCGGGAGAACUGGCAGACGACGAGCGACAAUAUACCGUACGGAAACAACUACGGAUCCGGAUCGGGAUCGGGAAAUAACCACUGGCGACAGCGGAACAGGGACCGGGAGUACGAGAUGGGCAAUCCGCCCAAGAACUUCACCUCUUCAGUGACGGGACUGACCGCGGGGAAGUACUAUCGCUUCCGGAUCGUGGCGGUUUAUUCGAACAAUGACAACAAGGAGGGCAACACUUCCCUCAAGUUCUUCCUGCAAAACGGAACGGCCAAGUCGAAUCUACCAGUUCCCGAACUUCGCGAGGUGGAGACCCUUAGCGAAUCCACCGUAGUGCUCCAUUGGUCGCUGGUUUCCUUGAGCCAAAGUGAGGAUAUCGAUGGUUAUUAUGCCUACUAUAGACCAGCGGAUUCGGCUGGGGAAUAUCUGAAGGCCACGGUGGAUGGUGGAAGGAGCAGAAGCUUCAAAAUAGAUCUCCUUCGUCCCGGCACCGCCUAUGAGUUCAAAUUGCAGUCCUUCAACUCGGAUGCAGCCUCUGAAUUCAGUGCUAUAAAACAAGCCAGGACCAAAAACCCCAAUGAUCAUACUGCGUCCACUUCAUCCACCCCAGUGCCUGGCAAUAAGACAGCGGAUCAGCAGCAGAGCUCCAUGUAUCCUGUGAUUGCAGGAGCUGCUGGCGGAGGACUUUUGCUCCUUAUCGCUUCCUUGGUGGCCUGCAUGUGUCUUAAGAGGCGGGAGAACAGCCAACCGGAGGAUGAGAACAAACCGCAAUUGGAGCACAUCCAAGCGGACUUUGUGACCUCCGCCGUUCUAGGAGUGGGUGGACACCACAAGAGUGGCGAUGUGAGGCGUCUCAACGGGGUGAUUCCCCGAAUGAACAUCACGCCCAAUCCACUGGCCCAGGAAACGGGCUCCGAUAAGACCAACUCUGGCCUGCAUCAGAAUGGCCUGCAUCAUGCCCAGCCGUAUCAUCCGCCCGGAACUCCCACCCUGUUGCACAAGCGGAUGGAUUACCACCACCAACAGGCGCCGCCAGUGCCGCCGCACUCCGCCUAUUACCAACAGGCACCCACCCACCAGCCCUCGCCGAUGAUGGAGCGCAGCGUGAGGGGUCACCAGCAGCCUGGAGGAGGAGGAGGCUACCAUCACGAGGAGGGCACUCCCACGCCAACGAGGAUACCCUCUUUGAGGCGACAGCGACGCACCUCGGGCAGCCAGCAGCAGCAGCCGGUGCACAAUAGCCACAGCAAUCUCAAUCUGAAUCUGAGCCACCACAAUAACAACAACAACAACCUGCCGCCACACCACCAGCACCUGCACCACCACCCCGGUCAUCCGGGUGGCCUGGUGGGCAUACCCAUCGUGCCAGGCAGUCCACGGGUCCAGAGAUCCCCGAUGCCCAGCAGGGCGAUGAUCAAGAGGACGCGACUGGGCAGCCACACGGACAACAUCUCCUCGGGCAGUCUGAACAGUAUUGAGGUGUGAUGGCUGGAUGGUUGUUAGGUGGCUUCCAGGAGGAGGAGCAGCCGCAGGAGCUCUAGAACCAAGCGAAAACACAGUUCCCCCAUAAAAACUACAGACAGCUUCAACUAGGUUUAAGGAGCCCAUACUCGACGUGUAUUAUUAUGCUUAUUCAUAGAACAGGCCGGCAGAGCAAAAUCACUCGAAUAAUAGUUGUUAAGUUUUCCAAAUCAUUUUUGAUACAUAAAAGUAGUUUUUGAGCUAGAACCAAAAAUUUUAAUUUCGCUUUAAAGGAACAUUUCAAUACUUUGAAAUUGAAAGACCAAUUUUUUGAAACAAAAAUAUUUAAAGCUUAGUCGUUCAACGCUAAACCUAAAUAUGUUUCAUUAUAUUGAAUAAUCAAAAAUAAAAAAACAUUAAUUUGAUUCGAAUGAAGCUGAUAAUUAUAAAUAUUAUACUCUUUUUUGUUACUGCCGGCCAGAUAGUCAGUAGAAUUAUUAAUUUUGAUUUUUUUUUACUGAUUGACUAAGUAUAUAGUUUUGCGCACCCCCCCAGGAAGCAAAAUAACAAAUUGACUAAGCCCUGUAGUAUAGUGUUAUUUAUUUAUUACCGUGUAAGCGUCAACGACUCGAAUUGAUUAGUUCAAUUAGGUUAAGCACUCUAACUAGGCAAACCACUCGUGUAAGGCAAACCAACUAUUUAGCGUUAAUGUAAUACAUUUCGAAAUGUGACUAAUCACCCGACUUCGUAUCGUGAGGACACCACCCACAAAAACCGAAAAGAAAAGAAUCCUAAACUAUUUUUAAGUAUAUAGACAGCUGAGUUUAAAACGUAUAUAUGCGAAUUUUGAAAUUAAAAAAAUGUAA